GCCUUUCACUUAAAUAUCAUGCUCUCUGAAUCAGUUGUCUAAAAUGUUAUACAGCAGUGUGUAUAUUGUGUAAAAUGUAUUAUAAAAUUAACAAUGUGUAACAAAUAUAGUCCUUUUAUACCAAAGUUAUUGUGUGUAUAUUUAAGUUUAUUGAACGUUUUAGGAACAAAUGCCUUCGUACUCCGUGCAUACAUUUCACAGCACGGACUUCACGGAGAGAUUGAGUUCUCCCAAAAAAAUGAGAGCCUUAUCAGUAUUAGAACAAACCUCAAACCAACUCUACAAUAUCCGGACGGAGUGUGGAGAUGGACAAUACACGAAUUCCCAGUAGAUUAUAGAGAUAUAUCCAAUGAAAGAUGCUCAGAAAUAAAUUUAGGAAAGGAACUUAUCGAUCUCACAGAAGAACUUGGAUAUCUUGUAAUACCUGGUAAAGAUCAUGCUGAAUUUGAAAGCAAAAACUCUCUUAUUGGUCCCAAUGGGCUAUGGGGUAAAAGUCUUGUAUUAGAAACUGCAGAAAAAGACAGAGUGAUUUGCGCUUCGAUAUUUAGUACUGAAAAUUUAUAUGAACAACACGCAUUCGCGAAAUUCACAGCACCCAUAGCUGGAACGUUACAUUUUAGAUGGAUCUCUUCUAAAGAUUACGAUGACACCGAUUCAUAUAUCCACGCCGACUUGUAUCAUGCGAAAGCUAUUAACGAAAAGGAGUAUACUAAGCAUAAGUGGAAGUUAUUUGUGACUGAUAUAUUCGAUGCAGACAAGGGUAAUCAUGAAGACAAUUGUGAUGUUUUACAAGCUGUUUUCGAUCCCGAGAAUAGUGGAGAUGGAAUGACUGUUGGUGAUUUGGAUAGCAGAUUGGGGUUAAUCAAAGUUUCGUCUGAUCCAAACGUACAGAGGACAAAGAAGCUAUAUAAGGAUGAAGUGUUGAAUAUUCUAAGAAGUGAUAUGGAAGUAACGAAACGGAGUUUAUAUGUAGUGAUAUAUGAUAAUCGACACACUGAGAGCUUCUUAGCGUGCGCCAAAUUGAGGACUAUGCUUCCUAAGAGUACUAAGGCAAUAAUAAACAUGGACGGUAUCAGAGGCGUUGUAGAGUUCACUCAAAGAUCUCCAUUCGAUCCUACCUGGGCCAACUUCCAAUUAGGAGCCUCAGAUCAAGAAUACGAGUCUAACCUUCGUUUCGUCAGCUCCAUAACACAAUAUAGUGUCAGGGAACUACCACCGAAGUUAUAUGAAGCCAAAUAUUGGGAAACUAUGUGCAAUACCACUGGAGGAGUUUACAACCCGAAUAACGUUGAUAUGAAGAGUGUUCCACCUGCAGGUUUAAGCACCCAAGACCACUACGCUAUCGGUGAUCUGCUAGGCAAAUACAAAGACAGAACUGAGUACUUGAAUCACAAAUAUCUACUUCCUGGUCUGGCGAAUGAGCUUAGUGGUUCGUACUGGGAUGUGUUCCUGCCUCUCAGUGGGAAGAAUAGUGUGAUGCAUCGCGCUCUUGUGGUUACUAGACGACCACCAAAACGAGAGCUCUGCGCUACCAUCCACUCCUAUGAAUAUGGUACGGACUAUCAGACACAGAUGAGUUCAGCUCAAGUGGUGUUCCGGUACCCUAUCGUUAGUCGGGUCAUCUUCAGGCAGCCGCUUGAGAUGCCGUGGGAAGAUACGACUGUCAUUGUUGAGAGUAUGAUCCACGCUGACGGUGCAAAUGUGAACAACACGCACGAACACCGUUGGGCGAUACACGAACACCCUCCCGGUAAGGAUUACUACAACUGGACAGCAAGAUGCCUGAGCGCUGGUAAGAUGUACGAUCCUCAUGGAGUUGAUACGGACACCAGGCACCCGGAACAGUACUGUAAAGUGGGGAUGGAAGGACUGUGCAGAUUGGGAGACUUUACGACCAGGCAUGGGUUACUGUCCGUAGCUGGUCGUAAACGAGACAGCGAAAGACUAACUAGAAGGCUGUUCACUGAUACCGUUGUAGGAUUGGCGGGAAAAUUCUCCAUUAUGAGGAAGUCUUUAGUUAUAUAUGAUGACCACGGACCAGUAGCGAGAGGAGAAAGGAUGGCGUGUGCUAUGGUGAAUGGUCUCCACCGCCGCAAAGCUGUAAUCCGCGACUGGUUCGGUAAUGGGAACGCUAUAUCUCUAACUGGGAAGUUCGAAUUAACCCAGCAGUCGGAAUACGAUAUUACCAACGUUCAGCUCUCGUUGGAGAACCUGCCUGAUGACGUCAAUAAUUAUAAGAUACAUCUUACUCCUAUCGAGAAAGAGCUUGAAUUUCCUUGCGAGAAAACAACUAUUUACGAUACUUAUAAUCCCUUCAAUGUUGAUAAGUCGCUGAGUCCGCCUCCUACUAAAGGUACCGCUGAUCAGUACGAGCUAGGUGAUUUAGGUACAAAAUAUGGUUUGAUGGAAGACGUAAAUAAAUUCACGGCUGUUUACAAUGAAACCCAGUUAUCUUUGUAUGGAGCUUACAGUAUUUUGGGACGUUCUGUUGCUAUUCACAAAACCGUUAGUCACACCCGCGACCGCCGCUGGGCCUGCUCCUCCAUAGAACGCGGCUACAGUCCUUCAGAAGCGCGUGAGAUUCGAGCUAUCGCUUCCUUCCACCACCCGGGCGGAUUCGCACAUGGGUACAUCCGUCUAACACAGUUGAUACACAAUGAUGGUAGUACUAGUGACACUACUGUGGAGGUGAAGCUGCGACAUCCUGGACUGUAUGAUCGGAAUUUGACGCACCACCACCGCUGGGAGAUAUUCGUGAACCCAGUAGGUGUGGACGCAGCCGUGAAGGUCACCAACACGCGCUGUGUGGCCGGCGGGUAUCGAUGGAACCCGUAUUUUACGCAGCUUGCUGACCCGCUUAAUCACGAUUUAUACAGUCAAGAGUGUGGCGCUGACAAUCCACUGCGAUGCGAUGUUGGGGACUUGACGGCAAGACUUGGGACUAUCAGUAUUGGCGGUGACCGUCAAAUGUUCGUGGACAGUAACUUUCCCCUAGAAGGCACAGUAUCAGCGAUGGGCAGAUCUAUCGUCAUACUCGGUCCAGAGAGAAGUAGCGAGAAAUUUGCGUGUGCAAACAUACAACCAGACAAGGAUAUCAUUAAAUAUGUGAAUAUUAUGAAGCCGCCCAGAUUUGUUCUGGGACAGUUCCUACAAGAGAUCCGUAGAGUAAUGGGCGUGCCAGAAUGGAUGGUUGGUGUCGACUCGCGUAAAACGAGGAUCUUGCAUGGCGGCGCGUGUAUACAGAUACUUCUGCACUUCCAGGGGCCUGACGCUAAUAGAUUGGAGCUGGAUUUUACCAGAUUGCUAGCGUCCGGUCGAUUGGAUUCUCCCAGUAUAUUCAUACCGGGUUUUAUAGACACCAAGAGGAAGAGAACCGUCUCCUACCGGCAGUGUGGCGUCACAGAUCCUAAUGAAAAACAGAAGCAGAGUAACGCGAAUUUGGAAGGGCCGUUCCUUUUCUUUGGCCCGAAGUCGCUUGAAAAGUUUAAGAGACCCGCAUUGAAAUUCUUGGAUCAAGAUGAGUUGAUGAAGAUAUACAGUGAGCAAGCGGCAAUAGUGGUCUUCAAUAACCAGGAUUCGUCGACCCUCUCUAGUGGUAACUUCCCGAGGCUUCGGAAGAUGCUGGAAGGUCAGACUGUGCUGGUUUUACCUCAAGACUUUUUGGAUGUGCACCCUGAUUAUAUAAGUAAUGAAACGCAGGUGCUUACUUUGCAAGGACCAUGGUCGGAAAGAGAUGCACAAAUGACAGAAACUUUUGACAGAUUACAAGAUAUCUACGGCGAAGGACGGGUUUUGGGUGUGCUAGGUAAUUCCGUAUCUCAGUCUCAACCAGUAGACUACGACAGCGAAUGGUCCAGAGUUCGACGUCAGGCUGAAGAUUCUUCCACUACUGUUACAGCUACUACUGAAGACGAAAAACCUGCUAAAAAUCUACCCAAAUAUGCACUGUAUAAUGCUACUGGUCCUCCUGGAAAAGCUGCUCUACUCUACUCUACUGGCUGGCCAGAACUCCGCUGGGAAGACGGCACUACCACCGUGCUAGAUACUCCAGUUGGAGAACCCACUGUGAAACCCACCAGGCUGUAUACCAUACUGGUGGUGCGAUUUGCUGAUGGUGACAAUACGAGGGAUAAAAUCACUCUAGAAUUCAGUUUCAAGCAAUCUGGUGGUUGGUGGACCGCAGUGGGUGUGGAAGUUAAGCGAGGACUUGCCACCAUUGGUCUGAAUUUGCAAGCCCCUGCCCCACCUGACGCACCAUCAGCUGUACUCGGCAAAGCAUACCACUGUUCCUUGCCUUUGGUCUAUUCUUCAGAAGAAGCGUCUUUGACUUUCCCUAAUAUACAGAUGCAACCAUUUAUGGAGAGUACGGAGAAAUUUUCGGAUGCUUUUGACUGCAUUGGAUUUACAUCUGUUCCUAUAUGGUCUGGCUUGAUGGUGUCGUUCAUCAUGCUUCUGGGUUUGUCUAUAUCCAUCACAAUGAUUAUGGAUAUCAAGACAAUGGACAAAUUUGAAACGACCAGAAGCAAACAGCUAACGAUCACAGUUUCUGAAUAAAUAUAUAAUUCUAA